AUUUGUACGCAGUCAUGGUUUAAAACCAAUGAAGGUAAAAUCAUAAAGCUCUGCUGCAUUAAAAGUGUGUAUACCCUAAAUAUCAGGAAUUCGUGUACAUUGCAUGUAGGUUUGUGGAUUAAAGUUACAUUUUAUUAUCUAUAUAACCAGAUAUAUAUAUAGCUUUAAAAAAUUUCAGUAAAUUCUUAAUUAUUCCUUAGGACCACUUGGCGUUUAGGUAUAUUCAGCAUUACUGGAACACACAAUGGCACUUUCUUUUACAACAUAUUUAUAUUUUUACGUCGUUUGGCUCCCAUUUAAUCGUCCGAAGAAAAUCAGUAAAUGACCACAAGGGCUAGUAUCUUUGUGAAAUCUAAAUAAAUGAAAGCGCAUGAAGCAUCUCCUUAAAUUGAUAUUCAACCCACUCUAACAUACUGUAGUCGUCCAUUGUGCGCCAGAGGGUCCUUUUCAACUCCGUACUCCGUAGCUAGUAUGGUCUGGUGACACACCUAACUAUAAUAAUAUAUCUCAUCGAAGUUACUUUAUUUAAGCGUGACACAAGGAACUCAAAAUCCUAAACUGCAUAUAAAUUUGGUAAUUCAAUGUAAAUGAUAGUAUUUACAGAACAAGAAUUUCUCUCGAGAUUACUGCCUGAUUGGCAUUAAAUACGACCAAUGAAAUUCAUUCACAUGUUAAUUAUUCGCCAGCAAGGGCUAGUAUUCUGACCAAUCGUUGCACCGAGUUUUGACACGUGCAGAAUUCGCGGCAAAAAAGAUUUGGCGCGCAAACCCCAAGCCUUGUUCAGAUCAGCUGGGACAAUAAUAACAACAGACUUUUAUUGGGGAAGGAAGCUUGUCUGGUUGAAGACUACUGCACAGAUAGGAUUGUUUCUUGGUGUUUGUGGAGUUGCAUUUUGGAUAUCAUAAACAACAAGAUUUGAAAAACGUUUUAAAUCCAAUUGUUUGUUUUUUGUGUUCUUCCUGGAUGUGCUUCCGAAAGUUUGCGGGGGAGAAUAGUGAACACUUUGAUGACAUUUUUCGGAGUGUAACAAUUAGGUCGCCAGGCCCAAUCUACAAAUACGGUAUGAAGGAGUCGAAUAUAUAUUGAUUACUGGUUCCACACUGCUAUUCUGUUUGUGUGGGUGAAACUAUGCUAUUGGGGAUACAAUUUAAAUAAUCUUUGCUAAGAAAGUAAACCAUGUACUUGUUGUUGGAUUGUAUGUUUUUAUGUAUUCUAAACUGAAAAUACAUCGCCGAACAAAGGAAAACUCUGCAACAAAAGUUUUACCAAAACCAGAACGUACUUUUUGAAGAAUAUAAAACACAACCUCAUCGAAUAAAGAACGCAAGGAGCAUUUUAAAACUGAAAAACUUCAGUUAGAUUGUUUGUUUGUUUGUUGGUCGAAGUAAAGUAAUUGCCCAAUAACUAAAUUGUUGUAAUUCAUAUUUGUAUUUUAUUACUUCACGUCUAUGCGUUUUAUAUCAACUUUAAUUAGGAAAAUGCAGCUAUACCUAACGCUGGCGUUAGCUUGAGGCUAAUUGGGACUUAGCAGCUACGUUUCGUGGGAAUUAGCUCCCUGCUUUGUUUUACAAAUACCAAUAUCAAUUCAAUCUACACAGCUUGUCGCCGCUAGGGAUUCUGAGACUGUUGUGCGUACAGUUUUAAAUAUGGCAAACAGGCCAAUUUCUAAUACGUCUCUAGUGUUUUUCGUUGUUUUGGUAAAACAAGCAGGAGCCUUCGCUGAUUGCUAAGAGACUUAAGGUUUAACUUUGCGCCAAAAGUAAAGUGACUGGGGCAGGCAGAAGCUGCUUGCGGCGUGUGCCAUGUCAGAGACGCUGAUCACGGGUCAGACCUCGGAGGAUCUCUUGGCCGACUUCGAGUCUCUCCUGAGCUCUGGCAGCAUUAACCUAACCGAGGAUCACCAGAUUGUCAUCAUCUCCACUCCGAACAAUGUGGACAUUCACGCAGCAGCCUCUAGCAGAACUGCGGAGAUCCUUCUGUUCGCCACCCCGCAGCCUCCCCCGCCCGUGGAGGACGAGCGCAGACCGACACUGGGCCGACCUCCGGUGAAAAGGAAACUUGAUCUGGACAGUGACCACCAGUAUGUGAGCAGUUCCCGUCCCACGCCAGUAAGUGGCGUGCCAGCAUCUACACCUGCACCACCUAGAGUUUCCAAGUCCUCGUCGGAGAAGUCCCGUUAUGACACAUCCCUGAACCUCACCACAAAACGGUUUCUAGACCUUCUGUCAAAGUCUUCUGACGGAGUGGUGGAUCUGAACUGGGCGUCGCAGGUUCUUGAGGUGCAGAAGCGACGGAUAUAUGACAUCACAAAUGUCCUGGAGGGUAUACAGCUUAUCUCCAAGAAGUCAAAAAACAAUAUCCAGUGGCUGGGCACCCGUUUGGACAGUGGGUUUGCAACCCAGAUGCGCAGCCUCCAGAAGGAGGUGUUGAGUCUGGGGGAGGCAGAGGAAGAACUGGAUGAGCUCAUAGCUAAAUGCAACCUGCAGCUUAGGUUGCUUACAGAGGACCCCCAGAACAAAAAGCUUGCAUAUGUAAUGUGCCAGGACUUGCGGAGUACAGUGGAUCCCCCCGACCAAAUUGUCAUGGUGGUUCGUGCCCCUCCAGAGACACAGAUGCAGGUGUCUGACCUGUCUGAGGGUUACCAGAUCUCUUUGAAAAGCUUGCGUGGACCAAUCGACGUCUUCUUGUGUCCUGAGGACAGCUCAGAACCCUGUUGCCCUGUGGACUGUAGCCCAACCAAAUCAGUCACAGAGGUGCCAUCCCAAUCUGCAUCAGGUACCCAGCACCUACCCCAUGGAGGUCUUCCCCAAAAAGGGGUGGCACCAUCCCAUCAGAGCUGUUCUCCACUGCAGCUUGCCAGUGAAACUGAUGCCCUCCUAGUGGAAGACUCGUUCCCUUGUCUGGGUGAGAUGUCUGAAUUUGGCCUUCUUCCCGACUAUUCAUUGGAUGGAAGUUCUGAGGACUUCUCCUCCCUGGCACUGGACAGCUUCAUCAACUUGUCGCCCCCGCAGGCGCAUGACUAUCACUUUGGGAUGGAGGAUGGCGAGGGCAUCAGUGAGCUCUUUGACUGUGACUUUGGGGAGCUGGCGCCUCUAGACUUCUGAGGAUUAGCCGGCUAAGGGGUGGUACCUGGAAGAAGCUAUGGGACACGGUGGUUAGGUUGUCGAAUGGUUUGGUAUAAAGUGCAUUGUUUUGGGUGGCUGCUUAAUUAAUUUAUUUGUAUUUUAAAGUAUUCUAUUUUUGUUAAUAGAAGGCUAGUGUGUUUCUUUGUGUGUGUUUGUAAAUGUGCUUUUGUGUACAGUAAAGGAAUAGGGCAAUAGCAUGUUGGUCAUUACCUAGGAAAAAAUGAGGUAGAAAAGCACUUGUUUCAGUAGAAUUAUCCAAGUAAGUGACCUUGGAGGGCUUUGUGCCAUAAUCUCAGGAAGUGUGGGGGUCAGUCAGCAACAAUGCGUAUUUAUUAAGUUUAAUAGUUGAUUGGGUUUGAAAAGGUAUCGUAGAGAUGUAAGUGUAAACAAUCUGAUCUGGAUUGGAAUGUUUCUCAUAUUUAAGCAAACAGGCCUAAGAGUGGACUUUCUUCUUAAGGUAAGGGUGGUUUACGUAUCAUUUGUCAAAAAAAGCACAGUUGCUGUAUUGCAAGGUCAGAUAUUGCAUGUGUGCACAGCAAAUGAAAGUUAAUUUUUGCAUAGCUUUUGUUUUCAUUUCAUAAACAUGCAUCAGCAAAUGCAGAAUUUUAAGAUCUUCCCUGCUCACGUUUAUAUAUCUGUGCUUUAGGCAGUUCAAAUAGUAAUCAAUAUGUGAAGAAACUUCUAUUUUAUGGGUCUUCCCAGCUCAUGCCAACGUGAGACUGGCACCUGUGGUUCUGCAGCAGUUUGUUUCCAGCAACACAGAGUAAGAAUAAAAUUCCAGACUUGUUUUUUCUACUACGAUAUAGCAUUCUUCAUUAAACCUGUAACUUCA